UUAAUUUUUUAUAGUAAUGCCCAUGUUGAGGGUUAGGCCUAAAUAAAUAAUAAAUUUGGAAACCAUAAUGGGUUUCCAUGUGAAUGGUCUGGCAAGGUUUGAAUUUGGGUUGGCGGCGAUAAAUUGUUGUGCAUAUAAAAUGAUUGAGCCACAAUCAAUGCAUACAGAUCUUCCGUGAAAAACAGCUCCAAAAAUCAAGGGGAGGUGUUAAAUUUGCUGUUUCCACCUGAAUUCUGGGUUGGGCAGUGAAUGGGGGGAAGUACGGGUGCUGCAGAAUUUGUGGGCUGCCAAUCGGGAUUUACAAGCACAUCCGGAAGCAUAGUAGGGGCUGUACGGGCCUGUGUGCGAAUUCUUGGUGGUUGCGAGACAAUACUUGUGCUGGCCACCGCACCAGCUUGUACUGCACUUAUGGGACUCGCCACGUCACCAAGUGAUACUGCAGUGCUGGUAUGUGAAAGACCAGGAUGUACUAGACCGCUGGUGCCCACCAGUUCACCAAAAGUUAGAGCGGCACUGGUACUGGCACUCUGCUGCAUAUGAGAGUCAUCA